AUGUGUCUUGGCGAUGAGCAGUACCUCUUGAAGUACCUGGGGCACCGUAGGUCUCCUGCCUUUUUGCAAGUCUGUGUUUCCUACUUGCUCAUAUUCCUGGUGGGGGCGGUGGGAAAUGCCCUGACCUGCACGGUUAUUGCCCGCAACAAGGUGAUGUGGACGCCCACCAACUACUACCUUUUCAGCCUGGCAGUGUCAGACCUUCUGGUUCUCAUUUUUGGCAUGCCCCUGGAGCUGUACGAUAUGUGGAGCAACUACCCCUUCCUCUUCGGCGAGGGUGGCUGCUACUUCAAGACCUUCCUCCUGGAGACCGUGUGCUUCGCCUCUAUCCUCAACGUGACGGCACUCAGCGUGGAACGCUACAUCGCCGUAGUCCAUCCCCUAAGGGCCAAGUACGUGGUAACUAGGGCUCACGCCAAGAGGGUGAUCCUGACCGUAUGGGCGCUGUCCAUGAUCUGUGCCGUGCCCAACACCAGCUUGCAUGGGAUCGUCACCCUACCCCCGAGGUUCGGCCACCAAUAUCCCGAGUCGGCCAUCUGCACUUUGGUCAAACCCCAGUGGAUGUACAACCUCCUCAUUCAGGUGACCACCCUGCUCUUCUUCCUGCUGCCCAUGCUGACCAUCAGCGUGCUGUACCUGCUCAUCGGCCUUCAACUCAGGCGGGAGAGGAUGCUCAUCGCACUUGAGGCCAAGUCGGGCCUGAGCCACAGGAGCUACAGUGGUGUCCACAGCCAACAGCAGAGAGUGCGUCAUCAGCAAGUCACCAAAAUGCUUUGUGUGCUGGUGAUAGUGUUUGGGAUCUGCUGGGCUCCCUUCCACACAGACCGCCUGGUCUGGAGUUUUAUCAGCGGUUGGACAAUCCAGCUACGGCAGAUUUUUGAGUACAUUCACCUCAUCUCUGGCUUCUUCUUCUACCUCAGCUCUGCCGUCAACCCAAUUCUCUAUAACCUCAUGUCCACCCGCUUCAGAGACAUGUUCAGGGAGGUGACCUGCAAGUGUGUCUGUGCCCGCCGCAGGUGCCCACCCAACAGAAGCCCAGUGACCCACCUCACCCUGCGGAGUACCGUCUACGAUGUUCCUCCCGGCAACAGCGCCCCCAACUCCGAGGGGGAGAACUGCAGCAAAUGCACAGGCUGGCAACAAGAGUGUGAGACCAUUGUAACUUAG